CCGAGACCAAGAAUAAGGAGAACAAGAGUGACACCAAUUCAGAGCUGUCGCGAGUGAUCGGUUUGCCUAAUAUGGGGAACACCUGCUAUAUAAACGCCAUUAUUCAGGAAGACUACAAAAGCAAACAAUUAAACGCUUCCAACAAACAACUCAUCACUUAUUUGCAUGAUAUUUUCCAUAAUUUUGGUCAAAAUGAGUCCAAAUCCAAACAUAUGACCAAUUCUUUGACUAAUGAGUCGACGAUCACAGCAUUCAUCGAAUCCGAGGAAUUAAAGAAUCGAUUUGAGACACAGCUUUCACAACAAAAUGAUUGCCACGAAUUUCUGAGCUGGCUCAUUAAUGAACUCAACACUUAUACACAACUCCUGUUUCCGACUGAUGUGAGCCGAGAGAUGAGUCGUUGGAACACAAACGCCAAGAAUGGUUACAAUAGCCGAAGAGGUAGCCGAAGU